AUCUUCCAUCAAAUUUCCAGGUAAAAGUGCAAAACACAUUUCCAUAUCAGUCUAGUCAGCAGAUACGCGUUGCGGUCAUCCUUUGUCUCUCUCUAACUCCCACAUUGUUUGAUGUGAUUGGCUUUUGGAUGCCUCAAUUUUCAAAACCCCUUUUUAUUAAAUUCUUGAUUCCGAGAUUGUACUCUUUUUCGUACGUUUAAUUCCAAUUUCACGCGGUUCUUCGGCGAAAACUUGAAACUCAAAUUGAAGUAUGCCGUGAUUCCUUGGAAAGCCCACUGAUGUUGAUGUUGAUGUGACCCUAGAGCUCUUGGAAAAAAUUCAAAAGAAAUCAUAUAAAAUUCAAGAACCCCACACACACACACACAAACUGUUUGUGUAUAUUCCAUUCCUGUGUAAAGUACUAAAGUGUUCUUCUGGAUACUAAAGUGUUGUAUUUUAUGUGUGUGUAUAUAUGGUAAUGGAAUAUCUCCUUGACUUUCUAGGGUGUUGAUAAGUAAUCAGAGCGAAGCUUCGUGUAAACUUCUGUCAGCAAUAAGCUUUAUAUAUAUAUAUAUAUAUAUAUAUAUAUAUAUAUAUAUAUUAUUAUUCUAAAGAGCAGUUGUGUUGUGUGGGGGCAGUUCUCGGUUACCUGAUCGAUCUUAAGACUGGGCAGGAGAAUUUGAUAGUUUAGGAUCACUUCUUAGUUGCAUUUUGAUGGUACAGAAGCGGAACUUUACUCACAGGGGUGAUGACGGCUCUGAAAAUCCAGCUCCUCAGGCAUCCAAGAGCCUGCAUUCUUUUGCUACGUUUAUUACUGAUUUGAAGAGCGGAUCCUCAGAGCUUGCUCCAAAGUUGGAACCCUUCUUUCGGCGCUUGGUUCGUGAGGAGGUUGAAAAUGCAAUCCGCUCAUCCCUCAGAUCUCCACUUAAUCAAAUUGAGCCGUCCCGGUCAAGUGCAUUCCAUCUACAUAUCAAUGAUAAAUUUCCCACUACCAUUUUCACAUUCAGUAAGAUUGAAUCUGAGGGCAGUAAGCCUGUGGAAAUUGUCUUGUAUGAUGCUUAUUCCAGAAGGAGAAUAACAUCAGGGCCCUUGUCUUCUGUUAAAAUCAAUCUUGUUGUGGUUGAUGGUGAUUUCAGUCCGGAUGAUCGAGAAGAUUGGACAGAACAGGAGUUCAAUAAUAAAGUUGUCCAUGAAAGAGAUGGCAAAAGGCCACUCUUGACUGGGGAUUUGGUGAUUCAGUUAAAAAAUGGCAUGGGUCAUAUUGGUGAUAUUAAUUUCACUGAUAACUCAAGCUGGAUAAGGAGCCGGAAAUUUCGGCUAGGAUUAAAAACCAUUUGUAAUUCUGGUGAGCAAAGAGUCAGAGAAGGAAUAAGCAAAGCCUUCACUGUAAAAGAUCAUCGUGGAGAGUCAUACAGGAAGCAUUACCCGCCAUCCUUGCACGACAAAGUAUGGCGGUUGGAAAAGAUAGCUAAAGAUGGUGCUUCCCAUAAGAAACUGACUGACAUUGGAAUAUCUUCAGUUAAAUGCUUUCUAAGGAUGUACACCACAAAUCCAUCUGAUUUGCGCCAGAUGCUUGGCUACGGGAUGUCAAACAACACGUGGGAGAAAAUCAUAGAACAUGCCACCACUUGUGUUGUGGAUGAUAAUGAGUGGUACAUGUACAAGGUUGCGGAAAGUAUUGUGCUUGUGUUCAAUUCGAUCUUUAAGAUUGUAGGAGCUAUUUUUGAUGGCCAAAACUACCAGCCACUUGACGGACUUAACAUAUUUCAAAUGCGGAUGGUGGAAGAUCUUAAGCAGUGUGCUUACAGAAACCUUAAAGAUUUUGUUUUGGUUGAGGAUCACUCCAUCAUAUGCAACCCUAUGGUUAUGCCAAAUCCCCAAGUUGGCCUGUCUAUCAGCCCUAGUUCGAGUCAAGAGACUUUUAACUUCCCAGUUGAGCAAGAUCAGUUGGAGAUGCAGAUGUACUCCGAUCAUACCACAAUCUCACCGCCAAAUUACGAAUUGCAACAAAGUCCAUUUGGAGUAUCUAUGCCCGAAAGUUCUCAUAGAAUGGGAAGCAGCAGCAGCUGUUUUCUUAUCAAUAAUCCUUCUGCUGUCUAUGCUGGAGAUGUUUGGGCUCCCAGUGGUUCACAGGACCCACUAAUUAUCACUGAUAAUCCAACCACUACACCCAGUAACUAUCAGCUCGAGUCACCGCCGCCUUGGCUGGCAAAUUAUGGACUGUCUGCUACUUCAAGCACUGAACCAGCUUCUCUUAGUUUUGGCAUCAACAGCUCAAAGACUGGAAAGCCAAGAGCUAGGUGGUGCAAAAUUCGUGCUGUCGUUAAGUGGACAAUAUUGGUGAAGAAGCGGAAAUGGCACGCGUAGAUUUCAGAAUGCAUGUUUGAUAAGCCUCUAGGUAAUUUUGUAAAAUAGUACAGCAGCCUAUGCUCUUUGUUUGUUCAUUAUCAUAUAAGUGCCACUGUGAGUAUCCUUACAAAUGUUAAAUAUAUAUAUGUGCAAGCCCUUUAGUAAGAGUCGCCCAGACAAAAGUGUGCAUUUGGGAAGAUUUUGGUUGCUGGUAAGAACAGCAACUGUAAAAAGCAAUAUCAUCCUUAAUGCUGGUUUUGUCUAGUGGCUAGUAGUCUAGUACUUGUAAGCAGUUGUCUCCUGUUUCUUUGUAAGAUGUUUUGAUUUCUUGUACAUUAAUGACUAAGUUUCUAUUUCGAGUUGAACUUUUUAUUUAUUUA